AUGUCUCGCUGCGGAGUGCUAGCAGGUGUUGUGGGCCUGGCUGGCCUGAUCGAGCAGGCCCAGGCCUUUGUGGGAUCUCCCGUCCUUAGAGCCAGAGCGUUUUCGCCGUCAACAUCCCACAAGCUGUCCAUGGUGACGGAGGCGAAGGACAGCUAUGACGUCAUGCUCCUGCCGGGGGACGGAAUCGGUCCCGAGAUCACGGCGGCCACCGUCAACGCGCUCGAGCCGCUGCAGUCGCUCUUCAAGCUCAACUUCAAGGAGGCGCUGAUCGGAGGUGCCGCCAUCGAUGCCGAGGGAUCGCCGUGGCCUGAUUCCACCUUGGCGUUGGCCAAGGCGUCGGACUCUAUCCUGCUGGCCGCCAUCGGAGGGCCCAAGUGGGACGGCAACCCGAGGGAGCUGAGGCCCGAGACCGGGCUGUUGGCGAUGCGCUCGCAGUUGGGGCUGUUCGCCAACCUUCGGCCUGCCAAGGUGAUGAAAGAGCUGGUGGACGCCUCUUCCCUCAAGCCCGAGAUCGUGGAGGGGGUGGACAUCAUGGUGGUCAGGGAGCUCACGGGUGACGUCUACUUCGGCACGCCCAAGGGGAUCGACGAGCUGCCUUCGGGGGAGCGGGUAGGGUACAACAACAUGAUCUACCACGAGCACGAGGUGGAGCGUAUCGCGAAGGUUGCGUACGACGUGGCGAUGAAGAGGGGGAAGCGCCUGUGUUCCGUUGACAAGGCUAACGUGCUCGACGUCAGCCAGCUGUGGAGGGACGUGGUGAUCAAGAUGUCGGAGGACUACCCGGAGGUGGAGCUGACGCACCAGUACGUCGACAACGCCGCCAUGCAGCUCAUCCGCUGGCCCAAGCAGUUCGACGUGAUGGUGACAGGCAACAUCUUCGGCGACAUCCUCUCCGACGAGGCCUCCAUGCUUGUGGGCUCCCUCGGCAUGCUCCCCUCCGCCUCCAUGGGAAACCCCGACGGCCCCGGCGUGUUCGAACCGUGCCACGGUUCCGCCCCGGACAUCGCGGGACAGGACAAGGCCAACCCAUUGGCGAUGAUCCUCUCUGCCGCGAUGAUGCUUCGGUACGACCUGGGGCGGCCGGCGGAGGCGGACAUGGUGGAGGCGGCCGUGGACGUGGUCAUGGACAAGGGCUACGCCACCAACGACAUCCAGCGGGAGGGCACCACGGCCGUCGGGUGCAAGGAGAUGGGCGACAAGGUGAAGGAAGAGCUCGCCAAGCUCGUGGCUGCGGGGGCCGGGGCGGAAGCGGCUGCCGUGGGCGAGGCGGCGGCGGCGCGAUGAGCGGGUAGUAAAUCGAGUUGAGUGUAGUCUGUCUGACGUUUCUGGUGUUGCCUGAACGGGUGCGCAAGGCAGGGAAAUGGUAGACGAAAUGGAGGGUGCUGGCCCGCCGUUGGAGCGGGGCGGUGUAAGGAUAUUGCCGUUGUGUUCAUGUGAGCGUUGCAAAAUAGGACCGCCGUAAUGGUUUGUGUCAGCACGGACGACAAGGGCGGAUGGUACGGUAUGACGCACGAGAAGCCACUAGGCGCCGGCGAUCAGGAAACGCCCUGCCAAGCACGUGACGGCUUGAACUCAAUGCGUCAAGAACUCUCUCGAACAUUUAGUACUUCAGCGUGGGUAAACGCUGGCACUAACAUGUGGGGCACUUUUUUCUGUGAAUAGCAAGGUCCGAACGGGAUAAUCGCGGUCGGAGUAGCAUCGCACAUAGGCGUCCUGCUGGCGCCUUGCUCGUGAAAAAGAAGGCCUAGAAACG